CAAUAUACAAGUCUUAAGUGACUUACAAUUAGCUUAACAAUAAUCGAUAAUUAUAACAUUAAAUAAUAUAACUUAAAUUAUAACUUAAAUAGUAGCAUAUGCGAAAAUAGGUCAAUACUUUGGUUUCCGAAUAUUGGUCCCUAAUUAAAUCUUAUCUAGUCUUAUCACCGUGGCACCGAUGAUAAUACUUUGUUGAUCGAUGACGCACCUAAAAAAUGUACCGCAUUUAUAUUAUAUCAAUUUAGACCGUUGUCACGAUCAAGUUGUCGCAGGAUUUGCAAAUAUGUUGCCGAUAAAUCGAGAAAACGAACCGAGGAUUAGUGUCUUUGACGAUAGUAACUCCGAAUUCGACGAAACUGAAAAAGAUAAUUUACAGAACGAUGUUCCACCGUGGGACGUGUUUGAAUGUCUUCCUCCUCCCCCAGAAAGUGGAUCUAUGCGAAAUAACAGAUUUUUUGAGAUUGUCAUUUGGAUCCUAAAGGUGUUAAUUUAUGGAUUGCUAUUCAGUAUUGUUUUGUGCAGUGGUAUUGCAUCUAAAUUUGCCAUUCUAUUGGCCACUGCCCAGCUACGGAAAAAUCAAUCGAUGUCUGCUUGUAAUCAUAAUUUAGAACUAGAGGAAUCUUUUACCGAAUAUACGCAGAAUGAAAUAAACCAUAUAAAAUGGACAUGGUGUCUGAUUUUUAUAUUUCUUGUGCCGGAAUGCAUUGGAGUUUUAAACACCUUGUUGCACCAUCUAUUCAAAAGGAAACCAAGAAUGCCAAAGAAACGAAACAUUUUAUUCAUGAUCCUAAUGGACACGCUCCAUUCAAUUGGUUUAGUGCUACUAACUUUUGUUAUUCUACCGGGGAUCGGUGUGGUGCAAGGUGCUGUUAUAUUCUGUUGCCUAUGUUUUAUCCCAGGCCUGUUGAACCUACUCUCGCGAAAUAAAGAAAACUGGAAUGUAUCGGCAAGCAAACUAAGAUUGCUAAGAAUUUUUGAUGCACUGGCAUUGAUUGGCCAAGUCGGCGGAAUGUUAUGGCCUUUAAUCCUUAGUAUCAAGCAUGAUGUCGAUGAAACAUUAAUGUGGAUUUCUCCCAUUGCUCUCAUAUUGUGUUCAUGUCGGUGGUGGAGCAAUUUUAUAUCAUUGCAUAGUAACAUUGGUUUAAUGCGAUUCUUAUCUCAUGUGAAAGAAGAUCUUCAAUCAAGUCAGCACGUCAUACAAGGAUAUGUCUCCCUUUGGAGAAUAUUUAUUUUUAUUACAGGUGCUCUCGUUAUUAAUGUAUGGAAAGGAAUAGAUGUAAAGAGUUUCUUCUCACCGAAAUUUACUACAUCUACACCUCUUUAUAUUUUUGGGAUUCAAGCUAUUUGCGCCAUGACAAUGUAUCAGUCUUGCAAAUUCGCUUACAGAACCCAUAUGCAUCAAUUUGGUUUUGCAUUUCCAAUAAAUCUGGCUACCCCGGGAGCAGUGUGUUUAAUCGUGACAUUGUGCACCUUUAGGAACAAAGAUAACUGUGCUUUUCAUAAAGUUACCUCAGACUAUCUUUUCUUUGAGGAAUUUCUCUUUGGAAAUUGGAAUCAAUUUCUUUCUGGCUGGUACAUUUGGUUCUGGUUGAUAUGGCUUGCAUCACAGAUAUGGAUCACGAUGCACCUGUGGACCACCGAAAACGAAAGACUAGCGCUAGCAGAAAGAAUCUUCUCUAUAAUUACUUAUGAUUCGCUUAUGAUUGAUCAAUGUUUAGCCUUAAAUAGAAGGACGCAGAAUGAAAAUAUCGAUCAAGAUCACGAGGAGAAAGACGAAGACACUCAACUUCCAAAUGGCAAUCUAAAACUCGAAGCUACUGAUAUUAGCUUAAAUGUUGAAAUAGUUGAACAAAACUUUGACAAAGAUGACUUAGAUGUAUUCAAUAAACGUAAAGAUCGAGUCACAAGUAUUUACGCGUGCGCUACAAUGUGGCAUGAAGAGAAGAACGAGAUGAAUCAUUUGGUAGGCAGUAUUCUGCGAUUGGACCAGAAUCAAUGUGCGAUACGCGUCACACAGGAAUAUUACAAGAUUCACAUUGAGGAUUAUUAUGAAUUGGAAACGCACAUUUUUUUCGACGAUGCAUUUUGCUGCAUGCACGGCUGCGAUGGUUUGUGCAAUCACGAUGAAAAUGAAACGCAAGUUAAUCAAUAUGUGAUCACGCUAGUGGAGACGGUUCAAAGGAAUGUAGAGAGUUUGCGUAUGCCUUAUUCACCACCCACUAAAUAUCCGACGCCUUAUGGGGGUCGUCUCGUGUGGACAUUACCUGGAGAAACCAAGCUAGUAGUUCACCUGAAGGAUAAAAACAAGAUUCGACACAGGAAACGGUGGAGUCAAGUCAUGUAUAUGUAUUAUCUUUUGGGCUAUCGUUUAAUGGGACUACCAAUCGAUGCAGAUCGGAAAGAGUCUAUUGCUGAGAACACGUACAUUCUUACAUUGGAUGGAGACAUCGAUUUUCGGCCUGCUGCUGUUAAAGUUUUGGUGGAUCUGAUGAAAAAAGAUAGAGAUCUUGGUGCUGCAUGUGGUCGAAUACACCCAGUCGGAUCUGGUCCAAUGGUUUGGUUUCAAAAAUUUGAGUACGCUAUCGGUCACUGGUUGCAAAAAUCUACGGAACAUACAAUCGGUUGUGUUCUGUGCAGUCCUGGCUGUUUUUCAUUAUUUAGAGCAAAAGCAUUACAGCAGCCCAAUGUGAUGGCGAAAUAUGCUACCAAGUCUACUGAAGCUAGGCAUUACAUUCAAUAUGACCAAGGUGAGGAUCGAUGGCUCUGUACAUUGCUUCUCCAAGUAGGUUCCCGGGUCGAAUACUCAGCAGCGAGUGAUGCAUAUACACACGCACCAGAACUUUUUAAAGAUUUUUAUAUACAACGACGCAGAUGGAUACCGUCCACUAUCGCAAAUAUUUUCGACUUGUUGAUGACUGCUAAAGAGACAAGGAAAGUGAAUAACGAUAUCUCGUGGCUGUAUAUUGCUUAUCAAUGGAUUCUAAUGGGAAGUACAAUUCUGGGACCAGGUACAAUAUUUUUGAUGCUGGUUGGUGCAUUUGUUGCCGCAUUUCAUAUUGACAAUUGGACUAGUUUCUGGUACAAUUUAAUCCCAAUUGGAGUGUUCGUUGCAGUAUGUUUUACUUGCAAAGAACGUAUGCAGUUAAUAGUAGCUGAGAUUAUCAGCGCUAUAUAUGGUCUAGUGAUGAUAGUCGUCCUAGUAGGAAUUAUGCUGCAAAUCGCCGAAGAUGGAUGGCUCGCACCCAGCAGUCUUCUCUUCUUCAUUGUUGCGUGUCAAAUGACAAUAGCUGGUCUAUUACAUCCUCAGGAAGCGACUUGUCUAUUAUGUGGUGUUAUUUAUUACAUUACUGUGCCAUCCAUGUACAUGUUAUUAAUCAUCUUCUCUGUCUUUAACGUGCAUAACGUUACAUGGGGCACGCGUGAUUCGAAGAGACCAAAUGUCACUCCUCAAGAUGAGCAGAGAUCCGCAGCAAUCAACGAUCUAUCUGGCUUUAUGAUAGGAAAAAGAAAUAAGCAAGACAAGAUCGAAAAAGGUACUAUGGAUUUUUCUUUGGGGAAUUUUUUCAAAUGUGUCUGCUGCAUUCAUUCUGGAAUUAGUUAUGAAGAGAAGCGAUUGAAUGAAAUUAAUGAAUCCCUACAACAGAUAAAUAAACGUCUGAACUUAUUAGACAGAUUACAUGUCGUAAACAUGAAGACUAACAAUGUUGCCCAAUCAACUUCUAAUACUAAUGUAUACCCAAGAUCAUAUUUUCCGAUAGAAGAGACAGAAGAAGAAGAAAUGCACGAAGGAAUCGAGUUACAACAUAUAACCGAUAAAAGUAAUCAGGAAAGUGCUAUUUAUAAAGAUGUCGAUGACGACGAAAGUGAUGUUUCAACACAAGUAUCAGCAACCUCAAGUCAAGAUCAGUCUAGUUUCCUCAUUAGCCCUUACUGGCUUCAGGACGAAAGAUUGCGGAGAGGCGUAGUAGAUUUUCUAUCGAAUGAGGAGGAGGAAUUUUGGAAAGAUCUGAUUGGGAAAUACUUACGACCCAUUGAAAGUGAUGAAGAAAGUCAAAACAAAAUAACUCAAGAAUUGAUGAACUGUCGUGAUGCAUAUUUAUCAAAAUUCUUUAUGCUAAAUGCUUUGUUUGUACUAAUUGUGUUCCUUAUGCAAUUAAAUAAAGGUACAUUGCAUUUGCAAUGGCCGCUUGGAAUGAAAUACAAUGUUACAUACGAUUCAAAAAAAUUUGAGGUACAUUUAACAAAAGAAUAUUUAAGACUCGAACCGAUAGGAUGUCUCUUUAUCGCCGCAUUUAUCAGCAUUUUAGGUAUUCAAUUCUGUGCUAUGUUAGUACAUCGAUUCGGUACAUUGUCUCAUGUACUCGCUAAUACAAAACUUCCUUUUUGUACAAAGAUGACUUCUUCGGAAGACAUUUUUGAAAAGCAUGCUGAUAAGAUAGCAGAGAUUCUUCAACGUAUGGCGGAAGACGACAUGAUAUUCGAAUUUAGACGAAGUACCGUGAUUUCUCCUAAUAAACGAUAUACCCACGACUUAACGGAAAAUUCCAGAAGAUCGAAGAUAUUGAGCAACUUUGAAAAACUGUUUCGACGAAAGCUUCGUGAUCCGAAUUCAGGUUUAUCACAGCGCAUGUCCUCACAAAUGCCAAAAAGUGCGUUUAACGCCUUUGAGCGGAGGCGAUCAACAAUUUUAGCAACAAAAAGGAGGACACAGACUAAAAAAUCGUAUGAUAUUUACGAUGAUGCUGACAAUUUAAGAUCUUUGAACGGUCACACUUUUCAACCAGGACAAUCGAAUCAAUUUCAAUAUGAUAAUCCAACAUUUAAGCGGGAUGAGAGUAUAUGAAAAUUAUAAAUAUAUAAUACUAACUCAUUUUGAAAUAAUAUAAGAAAAAAAUUUGUAUCAUUUUUUGUUUUGAUAAUGUCAUAAAGAUGCACCAAAUAAAAGAAGUCUUAACUUUUUAAACUUU